CGAGGUCAUUUUUGGACCAUAUAUGAACGGGAGGCCGGGUAUCAUGUCGAGGAGUUCCUUGAAAAACACAAGAGUGACAUGGAUAUCGUUCUUAUAUUCUCAGGUCUCUUUUCCGCAGUCAGCACCACUUUCAUCGUUUCUCUUCAAUCUGGACUCAGUCCGGACGAAGCCCAGAUGACAAAUGCCCUGUUAAAACUCCUUAUCCAUACACUCGACAGUUCUGCGUUUGAUGGUCAACAGCUCGACCUCCCACAAUGGAAUGGACCAGGGACAACUGAGAUCUGGAUACAAUGUCUCAUGUACGCCAGCCUCAGUACCAGUCUUAUUGCUGCCCUGGGUGCCGUACUGGGGAAGCAAUGG